AAACAAAAUAGUUUCGCUGCCGCCUCUUCUUCGUGUUGUAACUUCUCUCUUCAACCCUAGCUUAGGGUUUAUGCUCUAAAACCCUCCCUUUUCAGGUUUAUUGGGAGAGAAAAAUGCUCGUAUUGUUUGAAACACCCGCGGGUUUUGCCCUGUUUAAAGUGCUGGAUGAAGGCAAGCUUUCUAAAGUUGAGGACUUGUGGAAGAACUUUUCCAGUGCAGAUACUGCUAGACAGGUGGUCAAGUUGAAAGCAUUUUCUAAAUUUGAGAACACUUCAGAAGCUCUAGAGGCAGCUACUUUACUUAUUGAUGGAAAAGCUAGCAAGGGUCUCCGCAAGUUCCUGCGUGUUCAUUGUGAAAAUGAAACACUAGGUGUGGCAGAUUCAAAGCUUGGGAAUGUGAUCAAGGAGAAAUUGAAAAUCGACUGUAUUCACAACAAUGCAGUUAUGGAGUUGAUGAGAGGUGUUAGAAAUCAGUUAACUGAACUCAUAUCUGGUCUAGCUGUUCAAGACAUGGCCCCAAUGAGUUUGGGUUUAUCUCACAGCUUAUCCAGAUACAAAUUGAAGUUUAGUGCAGAGAAGGUGGAUACCAUGAUUGUCCAGGCCAUUGGUUUACUAGAUGAUCUUGAUAAAGAGUUGAAUACCUAUGCCAUGAGGGUUCGAGAAUGGUAUGGUUGGCAUUUUCCUGAGCUUACUAAAAUAAUACAGGAUAACAUCCUAUAUGCCAGGGCAGUCAAGUUGAUGGGUGAUCGUGUUAAUGCAGCUAGCCUGGAUUUCUCUGAGAUUUUGCCAGAGGAAGUUGAGGCAGAGCUGAAGGAGGCAUCUGUGAUAUCUAUGGGAACUGAAAUUGGUGAGCUUGAUUUGGCAAAUAUUCGAGAACUCUGUGACCAGGUUUUGUCUCUCUCGGAAUACAGGGCGCAACUCUAUGAUUAUCUGAAGAGUAGAAUGAACACCAUUGCACCCAAUUUGACUGCAAUGGUUGGGGAGCUUGUUGGUGCUCGCCUCAUUGCCCAUGGUGGUAGCUUAUUAAAUCUUGCAAAGCAGCCUGGUAGUACUGUGCAAAUUCUUGGUGCUGAGAAGGCUCUCUUUAGGGCACUGAAGACUAAGCAUGCUACUCCCAAGUAUGGUCUUAUAUACCAUGCUUCCUUGAUUGGUCAGGCAGCUCCAAAGUUCAAGGGGAAAAUUUCUCGGUCACUUGCUGCAAAGACGGCAUUAGCUAUUAGGUGUGAUGCUCUUGGAGAUGGCCAAGAUAACACCAUGGGAUUGGAGAACAGAGCUAAGCUUGAAGCACGAUUGAGGAACCUUGAAGGCAAAGAGUUGGGUCGUUUUGCUGGUUCUGCCAAGGGAAAGCCCAAGAUAGAAGCAUAUGACAAGGACCGAAAGAAAGGAGCUGGAGGACUGAUAACCCCAGCCAAGACAUAUAAUCCUUCAGCCGAUUCAGUUAUCGGGCAAAUGGUUGAUUCUGCUAUUGAUGAAGAUGCACAAGAGCCUUCUGUUGCUGAUAAAAAGAAAGAAAAGAAGGACAAGAAGAAAAAGAAGGACAAAAAGGAAGAGGAUGCAACUGUGCAAGCUGAUGGUGAGGAACCAGAACCUGUAGUAGUGAAAAAAGAUAAGAAGAAGAAAAGGAAGGAAACUGAGAGUGCUGAGUUGCAGAAUGGGAAUGACGAUAAUGCAGGAGAGAAGAAGAAAAAGAGAAAGAAGCAGGGAGAGCAGGAAGAAUCUCCUGAAAUGCCAAGCAAGAAGAAAGGCAAAAAAAAGAAAAGUGAGGACUAAAGUGAAGUCAUCUACUAAUCAAUCCUGUGGUGAAUGACAACCAUUUUUGUAUACUCCUGGCAGCUCAGUAGUUUGUUUGGUAUAAUUUUUGUUUUCAUUUUUAUGCAUUUUGUAGCUUUAUACAUCCUUUAUUAUUAUUUAAUGGGAUUCGUUCCAUCUUUCGGGACUUGAGUGGAUAAUUUGAUGCAAUCAUGUUUAUGAAUGGAAGAUGGUGGUGCGCUACCUUUUUUGUAAUGCUAUUUUAUGCGUCUUUUCUGA